GUUGAAUGCGCUUGGACGUCUGCUCUCGAAUCAAUGUAGCGCAGGAGGGUGCACCAGCUGCUGUGUAGCACGCUAAGAGAUGUCAACCAGGGCCGCGCACCCGGCAUGUGAAUUCUAUGAGGUUGGGAGCGUGAGUGCGUUCAUGAGAGCGAUCGACCAGCACAUGCAUGGUGGCUGAUCAACCAUGGCGUAGUGUCGUACUGCACCAGUUCUAAAUGGUGCCUGUAACAAGUGGGAUCGUCGAGCACAGCUACGGAUUUCAUUUUGAGGCAUCUUUGCUACUAAGUUUAUUAGUGACCAGUUGCGAGGGUUGUCAUUGCCUGCUAUUCAUUAAAACAUUUGCCUCUCUUCUCGUGCUUGCCAGUCUUGCAAGAUGGCGCGACAGGAAGCCGAACAACAAACUUCCCACGGCCCUUCAUCGCGUGGCGUGUCACCUUUACAACACGACAGAAUGGAAUCCGCUGCCCCUAUACAACGUCGAACCCACGUUCGCAAGCAGUUUGUCCUGUGCUUCGAUGGUACCGGCAACAAGUUCAGUGGCACUGAUGCGGACUCGAACAUUCUUAAGAUUUAUCGCAUGCUCGAUCGAAACAACGACGACUCUUUCCAUUAUUACCAGCCCGGCAUCGGGACGUAUGUUGCGCAGACUGGCAGCUCUACGGCGAGGCCAGGACGUAUCGAACGGUUCAAGCACUGGUAUGCGAAGGCGAAAGACAGUGCGGUCGGCACUUCUUUUGACCUACACGUCAUGGCUGGCUAUCGAUUUCUGAUGAGAUAUUAUACCCCAGGGGAUGAUAUAUUCUUUUUUGGCUUCUCUAGAGGUGCAUAUACCGCCCGUUUCCUGGCAGAAAUGCUCGACCAUGUUGGUCUGCUCUCGGCUGGAAAUGAGGAGAUGUGUCAUUUUGCGUGGAAGACGUUUCAGAAGUGGCAAUGUCGGCUGGAAAGCAAUGACGAAGAGAAGAAGGAGAAGAAGGAGCUCCUCGAAUUCAUGUGCGCGUUCAGAGAGACCUUCAGUCGCCCAGUACGCGCCAUCCGAUUCCUUGGUCUCUUUGAUACCGUCAACAGCGUACCACACUUUGAAAGUGCAUGGAUGCAGCGCAGCAAAUUUCCUUACACCGCACGAAGUUCGUCCCGCGUCAUACGGCACGCCGUCUCCAUCGACGAGCGACGCGCAAAGUUCCGCCAGGAUCUUAUAUCUCAAGCAAAGCCGGAUCAUGCCAUGCUCUAUAAACGUCAUCAUCGCAAGCACCACAAAAAGGAAUUCCUCGGUAGUGAUGAGACACAUGAUCACAGCAAUCAUAACGGGAGGGAUAUUCAACAGCCUAGGGGUCGCCGCGACACUCUUGCUCCGCCAGAAGACUUCAGAAAUCCACACGAAACAUCAGGGGUGCGUAGUUUGAGCCCUGACUAUUCGUGUAGUAACGUGUCGGUGCAAUCGACUGAUCCGAUCCACACGCGAGACUCCUGGGACGAAGACGAGGGAGAGCAGGAUAUCCAGGAGGUCUGGUUUCCGGGUUGUCAUGCAGAUAUUGGAGGUGGCUGGCCUCUCGACUCCGGCCAUGAAGCCGCUUUGAGCCAUGUACCCCUUGUAUGGAUGGUUCGCGAAGCACAAAAGGCGGGUCUAGAGUUUGACGAGGAGAAAUUGGAAGCUCUUCACUGCUGCCACGAAGAUCGGACAUUCGGUGGCCUAAAGCACCCAGUCGUCCCUGCCAUCGCUGUCAAUCCAGCUUCACCACUCCUCGCGGAUGGUCAGUCGAACGGAGCGGCUAGCACUAAUCACACGGUCAGCGAUGUUGUCGACGAGAAAAACACCUUAGAUCACCAUCACACCCAUCCAGACACGAGCUUUCACAGCAAGCUUCACUACGCUGCGACUCGAGGUCGUAUACAUGACGUGCUCCAGUUCAACAACGGUGCUGCACCGAUGGGCGUCGUGUCUUGGAACGUCAUGGAAUAUCUGCCCUUCCGGCGCAUGGAUCUCUGCGAAGAUGGGUCUUGGAAAGCGAUCAGAUGGCCACUACCCAAGGGCGAGACACGCGACAUUCCUGCCAACGCUCAUAUCCACUCCAGCGUCAUCAAGCGUAUGUUAGCAGAUCCAAAGUAUAGACCCGGCAACUUGAUUGUUGGCGGUGGUGGAAGAGGCGUCAGAAGAGCGCCGGAAGAGAUGGGCAUUGGCAGAUGGGUUUGUUGCUGUGAUGAGGGUCAUCCUGUCGGCGAGUGUUUUGUCAGGAAGGAAAAGCCGGUCAGAAAAGCAACCGAGCAAAGCUCACAUUCUAAUGUGAUGCCGAGUGGACCACAAGGAAAUUACUUCUCUGGGAGGAAUGUGUAGGCGCAGAUGACUGUCUGAACGGCGUUUAGGCAUCGAAGAACCUUUUCACUUCUACAUUGAAGACUCGCAGACAUUGAGCUAGACUCCUUAUUGCAUUUUGUUUGUUGGUAUCUUCGUUCUGAUGGCGUGUCGUAACUUGAGUACGUAGUAUUCGCCAUAGCAUUCCUCAUACGUAGUUCUGAUUCGAGCAAAAUAGAACCAAACAGUCUCCAAUAUCCCAGCAGAAUGUACUCUUAGAGCUGGCACGCCU